AUGUGGGCAGGAGCCCAUUAUCGACCUAUUCCAUUUCUCUCGCCAUCGGAUCCUGCAUAUACUCCACUGUCACCUGAGCAACGUCGUUUCCAUGCACAACUUGCGAAGGAAUAUAGUCUUGCUCUACACACCGCUGAAACCAUGAAAAGGCUGGCAAGGUCGGAACCAAGAUCAGGAGUGCAGAUCGUUACUGGUGAGGAGUAUCUAGAAUGUCCUCCGAUAGAAAACCUGAGCCGGAAGACGGGGGAUGUGUAUGCGAGUGUUGAUGACAAAUUCAGAGUCCUAGAUCAAGACGAGCUUGACAUUAUGAACACGAAGCAUGCUCAGCGGACGACUUCCGGCAAAGUGAAAUGGGCUUACAGGUUUAUCAAAGCUGGCGGAAGGACAACCAAGAGAUGCUUGCAUGAUCUUUCAGAGGCUUUGGACGUCCUUCCUCAAAGAUCACCACAGCAGAGCCGCGUUCAGCCAGUUAUAAUCAACUGCUCCGGUCUGGGUGUACCCACCCUCUCCGAUCCAAAUACCAAAGUCAUUCGUGGACAAACCGUACUGGUACGCAAUAAAUUCAACAAGACUCUAACGCGGCAAUGUGCUGAUGGAACCUGGUCCUUCCUCAUCCCUCGACCUUUGAAUGGUGGCACUAUCGUAGGUGGUACCAAACAAAUUGACGACCUGGAUGACUCUGUACGAUCCGAGGAGCGAGGAAAACUGCUAGAGAAUGCAGUGAAGUACUUUCAUGAGUUUGUGAGCGAUGUGAAUGAGUUUGAGGUCAUAACGGAUAAUGUUGGUCGAAGGCCGUGGAGAGAAGGGGGAGUGCGAAUUGAGGUAGAUCGGGAUACGCUUAGUGGGAGAGCUGUGGUGGUACAUGGAUACGGUGCCGGUGGAAGAGGGUAUGAAUUGAGCUGGGGCAUAGCUUCUCAGAUUUGCGCCUUGGUGCAGACACACGUGCAAAGUAAACAGCUUGACGCCAAGUUGUGA